UUAAUUACAAGUCGAAGAGACUCGUUUACCACGAUCUGUUUCGUCUUCGAACCUGAAAAAAAGAAGAAGAAGAAGAAGACGAAGGGAGAAGGAAGAAGAAGAGGGGCGGAGAGAUUUCGGGGAGAUAGAUGAAGAUGGCGUCCUGGUCGCCGUCGGCGGCGGCGGCGCGAUCCCAAGACGCCUGGGAUUGCUUGCUGCCAGGGCCGCCCAGCCGCAGUAACGGCGGGUCCGCCGACUGCAGCCCUUCCGGUCUCCUCGCCUACGGCGCCGGCAGCUGCGUCGUCGUAGCUGAUCCCCGAUCCAUGCAGCUCGUCUGCGUCCUGCCUAUGCCACCCUCUGCCGCCGCCUCUGCCCACGCUUCCCUAGCCCCCUUUGUCACCGCCGUCCGCUGGACGCCGCAGCCCCUUCUCCGCGACCUCUCCUCCUACGACGACCCCUCCACCUCCCACCUCCGCCUCGCGGUUGGGGACCGCCAGGGUCGCAUCGCCAUCUGGGACCUCCGCUCCCGCCAGAUCAUCCUCUGGCUCGACCUCGACGCUGCCUCCUCCUCUGCCACCUCCACCCGACUCGGGAUCCAGGAUCUGUGCUGGAUCCGGUCCGACUCCUGGCUCCUGGCCGUGAUCCACGGUCCCUCGCUCCUCGCCCUCUGGGACGCUGCCUCCGGACGUUGCCUCUGGAAGUACGACGCCUCGCCGGAGUAUCUCUCCUGCAUUCGCCGCGAUCCUUUCGACUCCAGGCACUUCUGCACCCUCAGCCUCCGGGGCUUCCUUCUCUCGGCCAUCGCUCUCGGUGGCGGGGACGGUGGCGACGUCUCUCUGCAGGAGCUCCGGAUUGCCGGAAUGACUGAUUCAUCCUUCGAUCUUCAGAAGCUCGAGAAGGAAUCCUCGUCUGGCUCCGCGUCCUCAUCGCCACCGGCUCUUGCUCUUUUUCCUCUUUUCUUUGCGAGGCUGUGCUUUUCACCCAUAUGGAGGCACAUCCUCCUGAUAACCUUUCCCAAGGAGCUCAUUGUUUUCGACCUUCACUAUGGAACGACGCUUUCUUCCAGUCCACUGCCGCGCGGAUGCAGCAAGUUUAUGAACUUAAUGCCAGAUCCUGAGCUCGAUCUACUCUACUGCGUUCAUCUCGAUGGAAAACUCAGCAUCUGGAAGCGGAAAGAGGGAGAACAAUUGCAUGUGCUCUGUGGAGUGGAAGAGCUAAUGCCCUCAAUUGGCACUGUCAUUCCAACUCCAGCUGUUCUUGCUGUUAAUUCUUGCCAAUCAGAAUCAUCAGUACAAAAUAUUGGCCUGUUCUGUACUGAUCCAUCAUCAUAUACACAAGCUUUACUUUCUGAAGAAUGUGUCCCACCUAAAAGUUCAAAUAAAGAGAUGGAUAUUCCUUUGAAGACAUGUUUAGUCUCUAUUUCUGAUGAUGGGAAAAUCUGGAACUGGCUUGUCACUUCUGAUAAAGGUGUACCUGAUGCAGUUAAAGAACCAGCGCCUGUUAAUGGGAGCUGUCCUCCAUCUACAAAGCCAAGAUUCAUGGAACCAGAAUUACCCAUGAAGAUCAGUUUGAUGGGCCAGCUCCAUCUUCUUUCAUCAACGCUGACCACUUUAGCUGUACCAUCUCCAUCUUUAACUGCGACUUUAGCUCGUGGGGGCAACAAUCCUGCACCAGCAGUUCCACUUAUUGCUUUGGGAACACAAAGUGGGACUAUUGAUGUCGUAGAUGUUUCUGCCAGUGCAGUUACAGUAAGCUUUUCUGUCCACAGUAAUGCUAUCAGGGGACUAAGGUGGCUUGGAAAUUCUAGGCUUGUUUCAUUCUCAUAUGGCCAGGUAAAUGAGAAGGGAGGAGGCUAUACCAAUAGACUUGUUGUCACUUGCCUUAGAAGUGGACUAAAUCGACCAUUUCGGCUCCUACAGAAGCCAGAGCGAGCCCCCAUAAGAGCUUUAAGGGCUUCUUCAUCUGGAAGGUAUCUUCUCAUUUUGUUUCGGGAUGCUCCUGUCGAAGUGUGGGCUAUGACGAAGAAUCCCAUUAUGCUUAGAUCAUUAGCUCUUCCCUUUACUGUAUUGGAAUGGACACUUCCAAGUGCACCCCGCCCUAUUCAGAAUGGAUCUUCUAAGGAAAUAUCAGCAUCAAAAGAACUGACAUCUAAUGCAAAUGCAAGCACAAAUGCAUUGUCUACAGAUGCUAAGACAACAAGCUCUGAGACUCCUGUGGAUGACAUAUCUGAGAGUUUUGCAUUUGCUUUAGUCAAUGGUGCCCUUGGUGUAUUUGAAGUUCAUGGACGAAGAAUAAGAGAUUUUAGACCAAAGUGGCCGUCAACCUCAUUUGCUUCAUCAGAUGGUUUAAUCACUGCUAUGGCAUAUCGUCUCCCCCAUGUGGUUAUGGGGGAUCGAUUAGGCAACAUACGCUGGUGGGAUGUGACUACAGGUCUUUCUUCUUCAUUUAACACCCAUAGGGAAGGAAUAAGGAGGAUAAAAUUCUCACCUGUUGUUCCUGGUGACAACAGCAGAGGGCGUAUUGCUGUACUCUUUUAUGAUAACACAUUCUCAAUCUUUGAUCUUGAUUCAUCAGAUCCAUUGGCCAAUGCCCUUUUACAACCCCAGUCUCCUGGAACUCUUGUUUUGGAGCUUGACUGGCUGACGAUGCGAUCAGAAAGAAAUGAACCACUAGUUUUAUGCAUAGCUGGAGCUGACAGUAGCCUUCGCCUUAUUGAGGUUAAUAUUCACAAUGCAAAGAGCAGUUCAGGCACAAAGUCAAGAGUUUUAAAAGAGAGAUUUCGACCAAUACCUUUGUGCUUACCUAUUCUUUUUCCAACAGCACAUGCAUUGGCACUGCGCACGAUCUUGCAGUUGGGUGUAAAACCUUCUUGGUUCAAUUUGAACAGUGCAACCACAGAUAUUCUACCUUUUCAUAUUCCUGAAACUGACACAGCAUCUCCUAGAGACCUCCGAAGCUUUAUGAUUGAAUCAGUGCUUCCUUCUGUUGGUGAUACUGUGGUACCUGAGUUACUUCUUAAGGUUUUAGAGCCAUAUCGGAAAGAGGGUUGCAUUCUUGAUGAUGAAAGGGUUAGAUUAUAUGCAUCUUUAGCCAAUAAAGGUUCUGCAGUAAGGUUUGCUUUUGCUGCUGCAAUCUUUGGUGAAGUUUCAGAAGCCAUGUUCUGGCUCCAGCUGCCACAUGCUCUUUGUCAUAUGUUGGAAAGAUCUGCAAACAAAUCACAGCAGGGGGUCCCUCAGCCUUCAAUUUCUGAGUCUGAAAGUGCUCUUCUAAACAGGAUAGCAUCACGUGAAAAGUCUGCAGGCAUGGUGACAUCGGAAGCAGUGAAAUAUGGGCAGCUAAACAUGAUGGCCUUUAAGCAAGAGGAUUUGUGGGGAAAUGCGAACGAACGAAUAUCUUGGCAUGCAAAACUAGAUGGAGAAGAAGCAAUUCAAAAACGCGUUCAUGAACUUAUCUCUGUUGGAAACUUGGAAGCAGCUGUGUCUUUGCUACUCUCAACACCACCAGAGGGAUCUCAGUUUUAUCCAAAUGCCUUACGAGCUGUGGCAUUGUCAUCUGCUGUAUCAAGGUCUUUGCAUGAGCUUGCUGUGAAGGUUGUUGCAGCCAAUAUGGUAAGGACAGAUAAAUCACUGUCAGGGACUCAUCUUCUCUGUGCAGUUGGGAGAUAUCAAGAAUCAUGUUCUCAGCUACAAGAUGCUGGAUGUUGGACAGAUGCUGCAACUUUAGCUGCAACUCAUUUACGUGGAGCUGACUAUUCAAGAGUGUUGCAGAGAUGGGCUGAUUAUGUUCUUCGUAGUGAACAUAACAUUUGGAGAGCCCUGAUCUUGUAUGUUGCUGCUGGAGCCCUAGCAGAGGCUUUAACUGCACUACGCAAUGCACGGCAGCCGGACACAGCCGCAAUGUUCAUGCUUGCCUGCCAUGAGAUAUACACACAAAUUUCAUCAGAAUCCCAAACUUCAGUUGAAGCAUUUGCAUCUGUGGAUGGAAACCGAAGUUUUCGAUUGCCUAGCAGGAACUUGGAGGAUGAGGACCUUAAAGCAGUUAGUGAAUUCUAUGGCGAGUACCAGAGAAGAUUAGUGCACCUUUGCAUGGAUGCAACACCAAGCUUUGACUGAUGGCAUUAGCAAUGGUUUGUAGAUGCUGCCAAGUUUUGUUGCUAGCAAGCAUUUCACAAUGGUCAAUGUCCAGAGUAGUCAUGACUUCAUAUUGUGACUGACGCAACCUUAUCCGACCAGUCCAACAAUUGCAUUCAGAUUCACAGCAUAACGAGGGACCAAUUUAAUAGAAACAAUUUGCCAAGCACAGCCGCAGAAUAGGAAACAGACCAGAGCUUCUGCCCAAUUACCUCAUUCCUGGCAUCAUAAACAGAUUUAAUUGGAUCUUUUGGAUUUAUUGCGGGAUCUUUUGACUGCAGAAGCCCAAUACAACUUGCUGUAAGAGUAGUUCAGGGUUAUAUACGAUCUUCAAAAUGUGGUUGAUUGGCCAUUUUGUUCCGGUGGGAUUUCUAGUUAUGUUGGUCAUGUUUGAUAUAUGAAAUUCUCAGCUGUUUCCUUAACCACGUGUUUGUAUUUUUUCAUAAAUAGCACGAACAUGAUGUGAAGGACAUUUUACACCACAUGACUUGUAUCUGUUAAAAGCAGUCUUUCCUCAUUCGAGUAAAUCUUUUAUUCAA